CGAGGUCAUGGAAGUCACUCUCCUCCUUGAUCAUCUUCGCCUCCAACUUCCGUUCGAGUGUCCUCACCCUCAGUAGAGGAAAAACUGAGGCUGAGGUUCUUGGUUUUCAAAAACUCUUUGAAGGAGAAUGGAUUGGCUUCUUCAAGGUCUUCAAGUUUGUCACCUGAAAAAACGAACACCACAGAAGACUGUGAAAGGGCCCAACAUCCUGUGUUACCAUCACGUUUCAACUGUAACUCAAAGAACAUUACAGAACAUGAGAGCUGCCAAAGAGCCAAAACCUGCAAAAAGACAUGGUCAGCUCACCGUGAUCACAGCAAGCCUUAUGACUGCAGCGUUUGUCCAGGGAGGUGAAGACCGCAGACGCCUGACUCCCACUGAGUCUGGGACUAGAAAGCUGUCUUCUGAGGCUGGAUGCGGUAAACUACACAUCCCUGCGCGCUCUAAGAGCAGCUGCAGGUGGAACGCAGACCCGCUAGGUCCAGCCCCUGGCCUUGCCCAAGCCGGUGGGCUUAAGUGGCCUCCGAGCUCCACCAGGCACUACCUUCCUGCCUUGAGGCGGGCGGGCGGGCUGUGGGGAGGGCUCCCCGCGCUGCCCAGCUCCGCACUGUGGCCGGCGCCCCGACCGACUCUCACCUGUGUCUCCUACCGAAGCCAGCACCGGGCUGGGCACAUAGCACAUAAACGUCGGCCGAAAGCCGAAGAGAUGGGGGUGCAGGUCCCCGCCAUGGGGGCGCUCACAGUCUAGCUGGGGGAGACAAGACCGGCGCUCAUAGAACGCAGGAGCUGUAAGCGACAACGAGAGCGGCUUCACCGCGGGCCGCCGCCGCCCGCGCCCCCCGGCCCUGCCCCAGCCGCGCGCCGCUCACCGUCGGGAACCACAAGGCUCCGCGUCCGCGAUAGAGGGGGCGCGCCCUGCCGCCGCGCGUAGCCCGACAUCGCCGCGCCCUAACCCGGCCGCGGCCCCAUGGCCCGCAAGGCAGUCGCCGGCCCCUGCCUCAUCCGGCUCGGCGGGCCGGAAGCCAGCGCCGAACGCCGCGGGGCGGGGUCGGAAGCGGAAGUGACCGCAGAAGCGCGGCGGCGCGAUGGCGACGGCAGUGUGGGCGGCUGCGCGGCUGCUUCGGGGAUCUGCGGUGCUGUGCGCGCGGCCCAGGUUUGGAUCUCCUGCACACAGACGGUUCAGCAGUGGUGCCACCUACCCCAACAUCCCCCUCUCUUCUCCCUUGCCUGGAGUACCCAAGCCUAUUUUUGCAACAGUUGAUGGACAGGAAAAGUUUGAAACCAAAGUUACCACUCUGGACAAUGGGCUUCGUGUGGCAUCUCAAAAUAAGUUUGGACAAUUCUGUACCGUAGGAAUUCUUAUUAAUUCAGGAUCACGAUAUGAAGCGAAAUAUCUUAGUGGAAUAGCUCAUUUUUUGGAAAAAUUGGCAUUUUCGUCCACUGCUCGAUUUGACAGCAAAGACGAAAUCCUGCUUACGCUGGAAAAACAUGGUGGUAUCUGUGACUGCCAGACCUCAAGAGACACCACCAUGUAUGCUGUGUCUGCUGACAGCAAAGGCUUGGACACUGUGGUGGAUCUGUUGGCUGAUGUGGUUCUGCACCCCCGACUGACAGAUGAAGAAAUUGAGAUGACGAGGAUGGCUGUGCAGUUUGAACUAGAGGACCUGAACAUGAGACCUGACCCAGAGCCACUGCUCACCGAGAUGAUUCAUGAAGCUGCUUUUAGGGAGAACACAGUGGGUCUGCACCGGUUCUGCCCUGUAGAGAACAUAGCGAAGAUCGAUCGGGAAGUGCUGCACUCCUACCUAAAGAACUACUACACCCCUGACCGCAUGGUGCUUGCUGGGGUGGGCGUGGAGCAUGAGCACCUAGUAGAAUGUGCCAGAAAGUACCUCGUGGGAGCCGAGCCUGCCUGGGGAGCCCCUGGAACGGUGGACGUUGACAGAUCAGUGGCACAGUACACUGGGGGGAUCAUCAAGGUGGAAAGAGACAUGUCAAAUGUCAGCCUUGGCCCAACCCCAAUUCCAGAGCUCACACACAUCAUGGUGGGACUGGAGAGCUGUUCCUUCCUGGAGGACGACUUCAUCCCCUUUGCUGUGCUGAAUAUGAUGAUGGGAGGAGGGGGCUCCUUCUCAGCUGGAGGGCCUGGCAAAGGCAUGUUCUCCAGGCUCUACCUCAAUGUGCUCAAUCGGCACCACUGGAUGUACAAUGCAACCUCCUACCACCACAGCUAUGAAGAUACAGGCCUCCUGUGCAUUCAUGCCAGCGCAGACCCAAGACAAGUUCGAGAAAUGGUAGAAAUCAUCACAAAGGAGUUUAUCUUGAUGGGCAGGACGGUGGAUUUGGUGGAGCUAGAGCGGGCCAAGACACAGCUCAUGUCCAUGCUCAUGAUGAACCUGGAGUCCAGGCCUGUGAUUUUUGAGGAUGUGGGGAGGCAGGUGUUGGCUACACAUUCAAGAAAGCUGCCCCACGAGCUAUGUACACUCAUUCGCAACGUGAAGCCAGAAGAUAUCAAGAGGGUUGCUUCCAAGAUGCUCCGUGGCAAGCCUGCUGUGGCUGCCCUGGGUGAUUUGACUGACCUACCCACCUAUGAGCACAUCCAGGCAGCGCUGUCCAGCAGAAAUGGACACCUGCCCAGAUCAUACCGGCUGUUCCGGUAGAGUCCCUUAGAGCUGGCUGUAGAGUGCUUGUGUGCAUGUUACUGUUGGUGUAGACACUGCAUAAGGCUAGCUAGCUGUGUGAACAGUGCCAACAGUGAAACUCUGGAAACUUGAAUGAAAGUUACUGUUGCCACUGCACUUUUGUGUCUUUCAAACACAAGUGGCUUAUUUUUCAUCUAACAAGUAUUUUUCCUGAGUAUCUGCCAAAGCAGGUGCUGUCUGGCCACUAGAUGUUUCUGGAGCAAGGAAGGCUGGGAAAGAUUAGAAAGUCUUGGGACUCUAGGGAGACAAAGCGCCACACUCUGAAAGCACACAGGGCCUACCCAUUGGUAGAACCACUGGCAUAAAUUGUACUCAUUUUUUUCCCCUUCAAAUAGGAUCUCACAGUAAAACCCUGAGUGGCUUGAGACUUGAUAUAAGAUAUACUCAUCUCAAACUCAGAGACCCUCCUGCCUCUGCCUCCCAGGUGCUAAAAUUAUAGGCAAGUGCUACCACACCUGGCCUCAUUUCUAAAGCUUAAGUUCUUUAACAAGCCUAAAGGUAUUUCACAAUCUUCUCCUUUGUUUUUUGAGAUAAAAUACUAAUUAGCCCUGGCUGGCCUCACAG